AAAUGGCAAGGGUUGGCAACACUGAAAAGAUAAUGUCAUAUUCAUGUUUCCAUUCGACGUUUCCCUUUUCCGUGUGGCAUGGUGUCGGACUAAGUUGCCGAAUAAGCAACCACAAUGCCGCAGAACGAAUAUAUUGAGCGCCAUCAAAAGCUUUACGGUCGUCGACUCGACUAUGAGGAGCGAAAACGCAAGCGGGAGGCCCGCGAGCCCCACAAACGUGCCGAGAAGGCCCGCAAAUUACGCGGCAUCAAAGCCAAACUCUUCAACAAAGAGCGGCGCAAUGAAAAGAUUCAAAUGAAAAAGAAGAUCAAAGCGCACGAAGAGAGAAAUGUGAAGGAAAACACAGAAAAGGUUUCCAAAGGAGCGCUGCCCGUGUACCUCUUGGACAGAGAUGUACAGUCACGAGCUAAAGUGCUUUCGAACAUGAUCAAACAAAAACGCAAAGAGAAAGCUGGUAAAUGGGAUGUUCCAAUACCAAAAGUGAGAGCACAAGCUGAUGCGGAAGUUUUCAAAGUGUUGAAGUCUGGUAAAUCUAAGAGGAAAGCGUGGAAGCGUAUGGUAACCAAAGUGACAUUUGUCGGUGAGAACUUCACCCGGAAGCCUCCAAAGUUUGAGAGGUUCAUCAGGCCGAUGGCUUUGAGGUUCAAGAAGGCUCAUGUUACACAUCCGGAAUUGAAGGCUACGUUUUGUUUACCGAUCAUUGGAGUGAAGAAGAACCCCAGCUCGCAGAUGUACACCAGCCUCGGUGUCAUCACCAAGGGUACGGUGAUUGAGGUGAACAUCUCAGAGCUUGGACUGGUGACGCAGGCCGGCAAGGUUGUCUGGGGAAAGUACGCACAGGUCACGAACAAUCCAGAGAAUGAUGGUUGCAUUAAUGCUGUACUGUUAGUUUGAGUUGGACUAAUAAAUUAUAAAAAAUCAAA